AUGCUAGAUCAUAUAGAAUUGGCCGUUAAUGAUCUCAUAAAAUUUAUUAAUCAAGGCUCUUUCACAGAUGCUGAACGUGCUACAGAAUAUUUAGCAAAGUCUCAAGCCAAAAUUCAAUUUAGUUUAUACAAUCCUAAUGAUGAUAUAAAUAACAGAACUACAACAAAUAAAAUCGAAGCUGCAGCAUCACCUAAUGUUCUUCGGUUAACAUUACGUGUUGAAUGUCAUUUAAAUAGAGAACCUUUGAUUAAAACAAUCUAUGUACCUGUUGGUACUAAUCUUCGAACAUUGAAAGAAGAAAUAGAAAAAAAAACAGGUAUCGAACGUAAAAGUCAAUAUUGGUAUGCUUUUGAUCGGUUUUUAAUUAAUGAUGAUUAUCAAUUUGGAUCUCAAGAUCCAGUAGUUCCACUACGUCCAAAGAAUGCUCCUCGAAAAGAAGCACCAACACCAACCGAUCCAAUUCGAUCUGGUGAUACUCUUAUUAUGUAUAUUGCACAAAUUUCAACAUAUAAAUAA